ACGUCCCUCUCUCUGGGAAAGUACAGUACAAGGUAGCCAGCACUAAAUCAAGGGUUUUGACUUGUCAGUUCCCUUUUUGCCUGUUAUCUUUCAAAAUACUUCUUUUCCCGCUGCCCUUCAGGAGAUUACACAACUUGGCAGUUCAGUCUCUGAGAGCUUUACUGAUUUAUCAUCCUACUUAAACAGUGAUUUUUAUAUUUCUAAAGAAAACCUCAAGAUCUGGACUACUGUGGAAGACAUCUCCACUGAGGCACAUCCCUAACUUGACAGAUGGGGAAUGACUAUAAGAAAAUUAUCCUGCUAAAAGGAUUUCAGCACAUCAAUGAUAAAUGUUUUAACAUGAUUAAGUCUUUACUGGCUGAGGAUUUAAAACUGAAUAGCAAAAUGCAAGAUGAAUACGACAGAGUUAAAAUUGCUAACUUGAUGGAAAUGAAGUUCCCAGGACCUGAGUGUGUUAACAAGCUAAUAGAGUUGGUCAAAGAAAUAGAUGAAAUUAAAGACCUUGCCAAAAUUCUUAGAAAUGAGAAGUUGAAAGUUUUAAAGAAAAACAAGGAAAAAGGAGCAACUCCAGUGCAAAAACGCAAGCAGGAUAAGUCCAAUCUUGGCCAAUCCACAUCCACCGCAAAUGAAGCUUUGGGACCUGAAUCAGUCAAGGAUACACCUGUGAAGAAAAAGAAAACCACCAAAACUAAUGAAUCUAAGAGGAUGAAGCUAACCGAGGAACAGAGUCAGCUUCCAGGAUUGUCAGUAACGAGCACAGUGUCAACCGCGCGCCUUCCCAAGACUCCUCAAAUGCCUCCAUCAAAGCCAUCCAGCAGUUCCUCAACCAAGAAAAAAAGUGACACACCCACCAAACCUAACAACAUAAAAGGAAAGAUGAUAUCUCAUAACCAGAGUCCGCUUCCAGGAACUUCAGCAACCAGCUUGUGCCCAACUGUGAGCAGUAAGCAGAUCACUCCAAUGUUUCCACCGACACCAUUCCGCAAUUUCUCAAGCAAGAAAGAAGAAACUGCAUGUAUUUCAAUUGGAAAAAUAGAAGACAUAACCGCUAGAACUGCUGACCCCAAGAUGGAACUAUCCCUGGAGCAGAGUCAGCUUCUGGAAGUUCCAACAUGCAGCAAAACCUCAAUUGAGAAUUACUUCCAGACUCCUCAGAAGCUGCCACCAACCACAUCCAGCAGUUCCUCAACUAAGAAACCAAGACUGAAGUCUGUCCCUAAAGAAGCUUCCAGAGAGGAGGGCUUCCAGAGGGGCCCCAAAGAAGUGAUGGUGCUGAAGGCAACGGAACCAUUCACAUAUGAUGUCACAGGAAGCAAGGAGAUGUUCCAUGCCACAGUGGCUACUGAGAGUCAGUUCUUCCAAGUGAAGGUUUACAAUGUUGCCCUGAAGGAGAAGUUUAUCCCCAAUAAAGUCAUUGCCAUAUCAGAUUAUAUUGGCCGCAAUGGGUUCCUGGAAGUGUUCAAUGUCUUAUCUGUGUCUGAUGUUAAACCUGAACGAAAGAUGGAGAUCUCUAAAAGCCUAAUUCAAAAGGCAAAGGCAACUCCUAAAAUCAGUCAUCUUCAUCUGCAAGAUCCAGGAACAUUUGUGAAUGGGGUUUUUCUGGUGCAUAAGAAAUGGGUAUGUAAAGAAUUCAUAUAUUAUGUAAUACAAGAUGAUACAGGAGUGAUGGAAGUCAUGGUUUAUGGACAGCGGCUGACCAGUAUCAACUGUGAAGAAGGUGAUAGACUUACACUCGUGUGCUUUGAAUUGGCAAACAUUGGGAAUAAGAGGCAGCUGAGAUCUGUAAUUCAUAGUUUCAUCAAGGUCACCAAGGUCAAGCAAAGAACAACCACACAAUCCUGAGUCAUAUACAGAAACCUGCUCAGAGCUGUUCUUCUAAAAACCUGGAUGUCAUUAAUAUUGAUGUUUAUGGAACUAAGAUGCAAUUAAAGCAAAAAUGUGUGUAUAUAUAUACACACACACACAUAUAUAUAUAUAUACACACAGAAACAUAUAGUGUACUAUAUUAGCUGUUACUUGUUAGGAAUGAAAAGCUUUUCAUUUUUUUAUACUUUUCUGUAACAUCUCAAUGUCCCAUUUUGCAUCUAUAACUUUUAUAACUUGGAAAAAAAUAAUAAAUAUAUUUUUCUUUCAUAAAGUUA